AUGCGUUCUUCUUUCGCUUUGGCGGGCCUGACUCUCUUGUGCAACUUUAAUGUUGCCCUAGCAGGCCCAUGUAAGCCCCAUGGUACGACUAGCCACACCGAAGCAACGGUAACGACAGUUGCCCCGACUACUUCGGAGACAAAGGGACCUCUCGUCGUCAAGAACGUGAUCGGUAACGGAAACUUCGCCAUCAGAGAUCCCACCAACCCAAGCAACAUCCCCAACUACGUCGUUGAAGGUCAGGCUCAAAUUGUCGAGAACAAGGGUAUUACCAGCGAUGGCAGCAAAGAGAGGGGUUGUGUUGAGCUGCAAGCCGCCAACAACCCUCCCGCACGCAAGAGAGCCAUUGGAAACAUCGUCAGCAUUUCUCAACAGCUGGACUCUCUCGACAUCAAGAAGAAAUACACCAUUCGCUUCUUUUACGCCGUGGUUACCGCCAGUCAAAUCAACGUCUGCACACUAAGCGCGUCCAUCGCCGGCCAUCAAUUCUUCACGUCGACGAUCCUUAGUAUUGGAACAGCUAUUGACUGGAAUACUGUUCUUGAGCAAACCGAUGUCCCCAACGCGGAGGGUGCCUUUUUAGUGUCGGUCACUUGCCCGAUUGGUGGAAUUGCGGCUAUCUAUGUCGACUCGAUCUUUAUGUCUAACCAGGUCACUCCCGAGACGGUCAACGAUGUAGCAAUUGAUUUCGGUGGUGGAAAUGAUGCUGCCACUACAAGUGGUUCACCGGCAGGAUCUACGACCUCCAGCGCGCCGAGCAGUGAGGGGAGCACCAAGUCUUCGACUGGAUCUGCAACCGUCACUUCGGAGAUUUCACAACCAACAACUGGUCUUUCCACGGGUCCUGGUACCGAGACUUUCCAUCCAUCAACCAAGUCUCUCACUACUAUGUCUUACAUCGGUAGCGAGACCACCGUCAGUCAGCGCGAGCCCUCGACCGCGAAUGAGUUCACUGUCCCGACCUUAGACCCAUCUACAGCAUCCUUGAACCCAUUUACGACUCUCACUCUGGACCCAAGCACGAGCGCCCUGCAUCCUUCAACCGCACGUGACAUUUCCCCCUCGACUGCAAGCUCUCUACCAACUGGCUCGCGUGUCUGCCCCGCGGGAGCCCCUCCACCUGGAUACUGCACCCCUGUGCAGCCAGAAGUCACCCAGACGGUAUCCUUGCCCGGAAUCCCACAGCGGUCCGAGAAUGAUCGCCCCACCGCCCCCAGGGCUUGCUGGGCCUUUGGAAAGGCAAAGCAAGGGACAUGGGGCCGUACAAAGUCUAGCAACCCCCGACAAAACUCCAUCGCUGAUUGUGCCCUGCUUUGCAAGCAAGAGGGAUCUGCUUGCAAGGCCUUUGCGCUGUACGACCUGGGCUCGGAGACUAGCUGCUGGAUGCUUAGUGACACACUGGGUGUCGUCGGUAUUGAUCUGAAUGCGCAAAACUCUUUGAUGUGGAAUGACUUCGAUUGUUUCGAGUGUCAGGAUUGUGACAUCAAGAACCCAGCGGAUACUGAGACCUCGACCCUCGCACCUUCAACCACCUCUCUCCCAGCAAUUGUCACUACAUCUGCUUCUCCCUCCGUCCCUACUCUUUGUCCCAACUGCCAUUUGCAGAGCUCACCAUCUUCAGAACUUGUCUGUGAGAAGAUUGGUAACCUCGGCGCUGUUGACCUCCAGCCUUAUGCCAACAACGAUUUCGACCAGGCUACUAUGCAGACAAACUCGGAACAGUGUGCCACUAUCUGUUAUCAGCUGGAUGGCUGUGCUGCCUCUGCUCACGAUGCCGCACGGGGACGGUGCAUCUUUACCAAUGUCGCCAUGACGAGCAGCGCAUUCCAGGAAGCACAGGACUUGAACGCCCAUGAUUACAUUCUACCAUGGAGUUCCCAGGGCUGCUGGUCCUGCUCCAACGAUUGCUCAGUUAAGCAUGAUACCACCAGCCAGGCUCCUAGCUCGACUGAACGUAUCUUUGAAUCCACGACAAUGACUCCAACACGUACUGAACCUCUCACAACCUUCAGCUCUUCUUACAUCCCAACAAUCACUGAGUCUUCCAUGCCUCAAUGCACCCUCGCUUUAUCCGAUGGGUGCACCUUCGAUCAGAACGACUACAGUUAUCAAGAUUGCAGUAAAUCGGGAACUAUCAGGAACACCUUUACACUCGAAGACAAUGAGUACCCUUGGCAAGAGGGCAUCAACAGUUACCAGAACUGUGUAGCUAUGUGCAACCAAAUGCCCCACCGCUGCAAGUCUUCAGCAUGGGAUCAGAAUCAACAAGCUUGUGUCUUCUCCUCCAACUCCAUCUUUACCUCCGCAUUCACCCCCGGCACCGGAGACGACUCGGAUAUGGAAUGGAGUGACCAAAGCUGCUGGAAAUGCUUCUGCCACGACCAAGAUCGCGAUGCAUACUCUGCAUCGCUGAGAACUUCUCUCCCCACAGCGACAUGCGCACCCAGCAUUACUAGCGAGGACGCUGUUUGUUCGCUCAGGCAGGUUGACAACGGCGAUGUGGUCUGCCAACAUCAGGGUUAUUUCCCAUGGCAGUGGGAUGAGGCACCAUCCAAGUUUCCCAACCAGGAUUCGGAGGAGCGUUGUGCGGCUCUUUGUAACUCGAACCCUGACUGUCAAGCAUCGGGCUGGUCUGAGGAGUAUGGAAAAUGCGCAAUUGGAGUUUGGCAGCUCAAGGGUAUUACAUGGAAUCAGUUUGGCGAUACGAAGUUGAGCUGGAGUGAUAAGGGCUGCUGGGACUGCUCUGACUGCAUUAAGAGUCAGAAAUGGCGUAUUUAUAACUAA